AUGGAGUCGGGUUCGUGUAGAAUGAAUCUCGUCCUCUUCAUCUCACUACUGUGUAUCCCAGCCUGCUAUGGGGUUCCAGCAGCGCCACUGUUCCUAAGAAGAUCUGAAGCUAGCCAGAUGUUGCUGCAUCGCUAUCGGCGUGCCAACUCAUUCAUGGAGGAGCUGAGACUAGGAAAUCUGGAGAGGGAGUGUGUGGAGGAGAAAUGCUCGUACGAGGAGGCCAAGGAGAUCUUUCCAGGGCCUGAGCAAUUGGAGGAGUUCUGGAAGAAGUACGUAGAAGUGGACCACUGUCAACCUGAAACAUGUGCCAACGGGUCCACUUGUGUCAGUCAGGGGAACACUUAUAUCUGUAUAUGUCCACCUAAAUUCCAGGGACGACAUUGCGACAAAGAAACGCUUCCGCAGACUUUUUACGACUGUCUGUAUAAGAACGGAGGGUGUGAUCACUUCUGCACAGAGACAGAAGAUUCAGUCCAUCCGUGUCACUGUGCUACUGGUUACAAAUUGGCGCCUGAUAACAGAUCCUGUGUGUCGCAAGUACCCUUUCCAUGUGGAAAACCGGUGGUACAAUUUGGGCCUAGGAUUGUUAAAGGACAAGUGUGCCCUAAAGGACAGUGUCCUUGGCAGGCAUUACUUAUGUAUGCUGGUGCGUAUAAGUGUGGAGGAGUUAUUCUAAACAAUGAGUGGAUCCUAACAGGAGCUCACUGCGUCUGGCAGUUAGACUCAUCCCAACUACAAGUGACAGUAGGUGAACACAACCUUGCUGUAAUAGAGGACACGGAGCAGAUUAGAAGUGUGUCCAAAGUAUUAAUCCAUCCUCUCUAUAACCACACGAUCACUGAUGCUGACAUUGCACUUCUACGCCUGCACGAGAACAUAACACUAGGCAAAUACGUCAUACCCAUUUGCCUUCCUUCUGCACGAGGCACGUUUUUCCGCACACUAAGCACGGUGCGCAACUCUGUUGUGAGCGGCUGGGGCCGGCUCUCUCAGCACGGACCUCAGCCCGAUGUGCUCCAGCGACUACAAGUACCCCGGGUGCCACUCGAGGAGUGCCGGGCGCACUCGGGUCUGAACCUGACCAACAACAUGCUGUGUGCUGGCUUUAAGGAAGGAAAACGUGAUUCCUGUCAAGGGGACAGUGGAGGGCCACUGGUCACCCAGUACAACAAAAUAUGGUUUUUGACUGGUAUAGUGAGCUGGGGGAAAGGCUGUGCCCGCGCAGACAUGUACGGCGUCUAUACUCGUGUAGCAGUGUUUGUGGAGUGGAUCAUGAACACAAUGGCUACAGAAUAAUUUGGGGGAAACUAGUGUAUUAAAAGCAACAUCUUAAAAAAUUAAUUUGGUGAUAUAAAAAUGAAUGAGGAUUGUACUGAUAAUUAUCUUCAAUGUAAA